CCCGUGGAUAUAACCGUGGGGACUGCGGGUUAUGAGCCAACGUGCGCAUCACUAGAACACAGUCGCCCGUCGGGGAAAGUGAAUGAAGGCAGCCAGGACGAGACAUUUUACUGACUCCCCAUUCCAGGUGUUGCCUACAAUGUCUAGGGGCUAGAUGAAGGACGGAGGUCCGCCCCUCUUCUUCCUCUCUCCCUAUCCCUCGAUCCAUCCCUCCAUCCAGGGUAGGGCAGGCUACAGGGGGCAGGGCUCCACUCGCAGGGGAGACCAGAGGGGAGGCGCAUCGCCGGAGACCCGCUCAAACCCUCUCCUGACACAGACAGACGGACGGACGGAGGCAGGAGGCAUAUGCUGAAGCAAACAGUUGUGCGCUCGCUCUCCGAUGUGAGCCGAUUUCAGAAAAAAAACGCAACUUUUUGGUUGCAAGACCCGCGGAGUUCUAUUCCAAGACGGUGGAUCCGUUUGUUUUCUUCUGUUAUGCGAGUGGAUUUUCUUUGGAAGGAAUAAGGUUUUUAUUUGAAUAUAAACUAUAUUUUUUUGAUAAACUAUAAACUACUUUUUUACCCCGUUAUAUCGAGCUGCAGUGAACUCCGGAAGAGUUGAUAAGGACAGUCAGGAUGUCCCAUAUCUCCGUCAACGACCACCUGGAGGGGAUUCUAUCAGACUUCGAAGCUUUAAAAAGAUCCUUCGACGUCGACGAUGUGGACGAGCUCCCUCCCUUCUCCCCCUCCUCCCCCGUUCCCUCCCCCUCUCCUCCACCUCCCUCCUCAACAAGACCAACGAGGGUCGAGGGUUCCCCACCUCCAACCACGGCUCCCCUGCCUUCCGCUCGCGGAUCAGCCUUGGUACCAACCCCAGCCCUGCCCAGAGCCCUGUGUUCAAGUCCCGCAUGGUCUCCAGUCUCUCCUUCAACAGAGCCAUGAACAGACCCACCAUCAACAACAAUGGAGGGAGCUCCGGAGGCAUCACCAGGGCCUCUUCCUUCCAGAACAAGUUCAACCCGAAGGGUUUCUCCUCCUCUCUCUCUGGCCCAGGCAGUGAUAAUGAUAGUCUCCAUAGCUCCUCUUCUAGUCUGGAGUAUUCCAUCCAGGGAGGGGGAGGAGAAGGAGGAGGAGGGGUAACUCCGGGCAAGCCAGGGUCUCUGUCCUACUCCACUAGCCUACAGAUGGAGCAGCGUCCUGGGCAGCAGCGUGGCGUGGGCCUGGGGAUGGGGAAGAAGUUCUCUUCCCAUGGGAGUGUGUUUCACUCUGAGCUAGAGGGGCCUAUGGGGCUGGGAGCUCCAGAGCCCAGGGGGGUCAGCCACGGAUCCAUGCCCAGUCUGGACCUCCAGAUCGGGGAAGGAGGAGGCGGGGUGAUGGGGGUGCGGGGGGCUGGAGGUGGAGGGGUGAGGUAUGGCAACGCCAAUGUGGGUUUGAAUGGCGGAUCCCAGCGGCAUUAUAACACCAGUCCCUUUGGGAAGGAAGGAUGCUACUCUCCCAAUCAGAACCACAACAGCUACCAGGCCCCGCCCAAACCCAAAGAGACCCAGCGUCUCAACAAGUUCCCCCUGGAUCUAGACAGUCUGGUGGGGGUGAAGACGGCCCAGCCCAGCCCCCAUCCUCCCCCCUCGUCUGACCCCCCUAAACCUCCACCCAGAGCACACUAUCCCAGCAGCCUCUCUGUCUCAGCUAGCCCAUCCCUCAGCAGUCUGGACAGCUCCGGUGGUGACCUCACUCCUCUUCCCGCCGCCAAACACCACAUCUCCUACAACAACAUCAACCCCCCCUCCCCGCUCUCCCCCACCUACCUCCCCCCGGGGCCAAGCCUGUCCCUAAGGUGAGCCAGUCCCCUGUCCCCCUGUCCCCUGCCCAGACCCCCAGCUCAACCAACUCUCCCCCAGACCUCAGGUAGGACACCUGGCCCCCUCCACCCCCCUGCCACUGGAGCACACCCAGCCACAGGAAAUGAUGUCAGAGAGAGAAAGCGUGGGUUCCAUCCUGCAGAGGAUCGCUUCCUUCUCCCGUUCCGACGCCAUGACGACCACCAGGGUUCCAAGCGCCGCCAGUGUUCUGAGCGGGGUUGCCCUUAGCAACGGGGUGAAGAAGGAGAGCCCACCACCGAUGAUGAUGAUGCAUCAGGAGCGUGUUUCAUCACCUCUACAAGGUAAGCAUUUUAAAAUUACAUGGUUACUGACCCAAUGCUCUUAUUAACCGCCAGGUUACCUGCCGACCACGUAGGUCAUUAUCUAACGAUUUCAUAGGAAUGUUCCCAUGGUGUGACAGGAAUGUUUCCAAGAGACUGUUCCCUAAAUGUCAAAUAGAACUGACCCAGAACUUAAGAUAUUAAAUGUUUCAGACACAUUUCAAGAAUAUUCAUGUGAUCAGUUUUCUGUGGUUUAGGAAAAUAUUCCAUUAACGUCCCACCAAACAUACACAGAACAUGGUCGUCAUUAAAGCAGACUGGAACACAUCUCCAUUAUGAUGUAUAUCUCCUUAAAGCAGACUGGAACACAUCUCUAUUAUGAUGUAUAUCUCCUUAAAGCAGACUGGAACACAUCUCCAUUAUGAUGUAUAUCUCCUUAAAGCAGACUGGAACACAUCUCCAUUAUGAUGUAUAUCUCCUUAAAGCAGACUGGAACACAUCUCCAUUAUGAUGUAUAUCUCCUUAAAGCAGACUGGAACACAUCUCCAUUAUGAUGUAUAUCUCCUUAAAGCAGACUGGAACACAUCUCCAUUAUGAUGUAUAUCUCCUUAAAGCAGACUGGAACACAUCUCCAUUAUGAUGUAUAUCUCCUUAAAGCAGACUGGAACACAUCUCCAUUAUGAUGUAUAUCUCCUUAAAGCAGACUGGAACACAUCUCCAUUAUGAUGUAUAUCUCCUUAAAGCAGACUGGAACACAUCUCUAUUAUGAUGUAUAUCUCCUUAAAGCAGACUGGAACACAUCUCCAUUAUGAUGUAUAUCUCCUUAAAGCAGACUGGAACACAUCUCCAUUAUGAUGUAUAUCUCCUUAAAGCAGACUGGAACACAUCUCUAUUAUGAUGUAUAUCUCCUUAAAGCAGACUGGAACACAUCUCCAUUAUGAUGUAUAUCUCCUUAAAACAGAAUGGAAUACAUCUCCAUCCAUGAAUUCUCAUUUGAGGACUGUAUUGUAGAUUGGAGGUCCAGGUCUUGUUGUGUUGUACUCGUGUCAUACUAUAAGGUCCAGGUCUUGUUGUGUUGUACUCGUGUCAUACUAUAAGGUCCAGGUCUUGUUGUGUUGUACUCGUGUCAUACUAUGAGGUCCAGAUCUUGUUGUGUUGUACUCGUGUCAUACUAUAAGGACCAGGUCUUGUUGUGUUGUACUCGUGUCGUACUAUGAGGUCCAGGUCUUGUUGUGUUGUACUCGUGUCAUACUAUGAGGUCCAGAUCUUGUUGUGUUGUACUCGUGUCAUACUAUGAGGUCCAGAUCUUGUUAGGUUGUACUCGUGUCAUACUAUAAGGAUCAGGUCUUGUUGUGUCAUACUAUGAGGUCCAGGUCUUGUUGUGUUGUACUCGUGUCAUACUAUGAGGACCAGGUCUUAAUGGCACAGGAGGUAGUGCUCUGUCCUGUAUGUGUAGAGUUACUGGUUCAUGUCCCUCUCAGCUGGUCUGUCUCCAUCACUAGUAUCUGUUGUUGUCCCAGAGGACACAGAACACAGCUGGACGGUCAGUGGUGCUGCUAAUAGUCUGGAAACUCUGAGCCAAAUCAAAACAGGCUCCGUCUGGAAAGUAUGUGGCAGCUCCAAUACACCCACUACAUAACAUGAUGAUUCUGAUAGAACACUGUCGGGUUCCGCUGGACUGCUGGUUCUGCUCUCACCCACUACAUAACAUGAUGAUUCUGAUAGAACACUGUCGGGUUCCGCUGGCCUGCUGGUUCUGCUCUCACCCACUACAUAACAUGAUGAUUCUGAUAGAACACUGUCGGGUUCUGAUGGACUGCUGGUUCUGCUCUCACCCACUACAUAACAUGAUGAUUCUGAUAGAACACUGUCGGGUUCCGCUGGACUGCUGGUUCUGCUCUCACCCACUACAUAACAUGAUGAUUCUGAUAGAACACUGUCGGGUUCCGCUGGACUGCUGGUUCUGCUCUCACCCACUACAUAACAUGAUGAUUCUGAUAGAACACUGUCGGGUUCUGAUGGACUGCUGGUUCUGCUCUCACCCACUACAUAACAUGAUGAUUCUGAUGGAACACUGUCGGGUUCCGCUGGACUGCUGGCUCUCACCCACUACAUAACAUGAUGAUUCUGAUAGAACACUGUCGGGUUCCGCUGGACUGCUGGUUCUGCUCUCACCCACUACAUAACAUGAUGAUUCUGAUAGAACACUGUCGGGUUCUGAUGGACUGCUGGUUCUGCUCUCACCCACUACAUAACAUGAUGAUUCUGAUAGAACACUGUCGGGUUCCGCUGGCCUGCUGGUUCUGCUCUCACCCACUACAUAACAUGAUGAUUCUGAUAGAACACUGUCGGGUUCCGCUGGACUGCUGGUUCUGCUCUCACCCACUACAUAACAUGAUGAUUCUGAUAGAACACUGUCGGGUUCCGCUGGCCUGCUGGUUCUGCUCUCACCCACUACAUAACAUGAUGAUUCUGAUAGAACACUGUCGGGUUCCGCUGGACUGCUGGUUCUGCUCUCACCCACUACAUAACAUGAUGAUUCUGAUAGAACACUGGGGUUCCGCUGGACUGCUGGUUCUGCUCUCACCCACUACAUAACAUGAUGAUUCUGAUGGAACACUGUCAGGUUCUGAUGGACUGCUGGUUCUGCUCUCACUAAUACACAGUGGUCACAGCCUCCCCUCAUGGAACAACAACAUCCUCUGUUUAGACAGACCAUCAUGUUGAAGAGUCCUUUUCCACAUGGAACAUGAUAUCUCUCCUCUUCCUCCCCUUUUUCCUCUCCUCUUCCUCCCCUUUUUCCUCUCCUCUUCCUCCCCCUUUUCCUCUCCUCUUCCUCCUCCUCCUCUUUUUCUCUAUUCCUCCCCUGUUCUCUCCUCUCCUCUGUUUCCCCUCUCCUCUCCUGGGGUUUAACAGAUGGACACUAAGCUUUUACAGUUAGAGUCUUUGUGCGUAUGUGUGUGUAUGUGUGUGUGUGUAUGUGCGUGUGUGUGUGCUUGUGCGU